AUGGAGAUCGAGAUGUAUUUUGACGACGCCUGCGCCUUCAUCCACAAGGCCGUCGAGAACCGCAUGGCCUGCAUGGUGCACUGUUCGCAUGGCAUGAGCCGCAGUGCCACAAUCGUUCUGGCGUACCUCGUCAAGUGCCGCAACAUGCGCCUCCUGGAGGCCCUGCAGUACCUCCGGUCGCUGCGGCGCGUCGUGUCGCCCAACAUUGGCUUCAUGCAGCGCCUCCUCGACCUCGAAAUGGCAGUGCACCACGCGCACUCGCUCGACCUCCAAGAAUACAAGAAGGACCGGUUCGCACCCAUUCACGAAUUGGCCAUGAACCCUGCCCACAGCGCGUAAAUGGCAAUAUCGCCGCUUUGUACGUAAUGUUGUUGAAUCCUAUCAGAUAUAUUGCUUUUG